GGCUCUUUUCUUUCUUUACUUCCAAAUGUCAUAAACACAACCUUUAUCUCCAAACUCCUUCUUGGGUGGUAGUAAUUGGUAACUCAAUCAAAAUACACAGUUACAUUACUCUGUCUUUCUGCUAUGAAGAAGCUCUGUCCCAAUCUUGAACGCGAGGAUGGGCUUGAAACGGUGCUUGAGGUUCCCAUCCCAGAGGAGAUUUUCACCAUCAAGAGCGGAACUAGUAGAGCUUGGCAAAACAUGAAGUCAUGGAUGAAACCAAACCUCGAUUCUUCAAGAACAUCAUCAGCAUCACUCUUUGCAGGCCCAAAUACUGAUAUACAAUUAUUGCUUGGAGUUGUUGGAGCUCCAUUAGUCCCUUUCCCUAUCACCUCUCACAACCAACCCAUCAACAUUAAAGCCCGUAACAUUGAGGCUUCGAUGGCAAAAUAUAUAGUGAAACAAUACGUGGCAGCUGUGGGAGGAGAGAGUGCUUUGAAUGCAGUGGAAAGCAUGUAUGCGAUGGGUGAAGUGAGAAUAGGAAGCUCAGAGUUUUGGGGAGGGGAAGAAGGGUACGCGAGUAGCAAGAAGAUGAAGAAAGUGGAAAUGAAAGGAGAAAUGGGAGGGUUCGUGGUGUGGCAGAAGAAGCCAGAGCUAUGGUGUUUGGAGUUGGUGGUUUCUGGGUACAAGAUCAGUGCCGGAAGUGAUGGAAAAUUGGCAUGGAGACAAACACCUUGGCACCAUUCUCAUGCUUCUCGUGGCCCACCAAGACCACUUAGGCGUUUACUUCAGGGUCUUGAUCCAAGGUCUACGGCCAAUCUCUUCAACAACUCAAUAUGCAUUGGGGAGAAGACAGUGAAUAACGAAGAAUGUUUCAUACUUAAACUUGAAGCCGAUUCCACUUCACUUCGAACAAGAAGCAGCAGCAACGUAGAGAUAGUUGGCCACACGAUGUGGGGCUACUUCAGCCAGAGAACGGGCCUUUUGGUCCAAUUAGAAGACUCUCACAUGCUCAAACUCAAAUCCUCCCAAAGCGACACCGUAUUCUGGGAAACCAACAUGGAGUCCCUCAUACAAGAUUAUAGAACCGUGGAUGGCAUUCAAAUAGCACACGCGGGGAAGACUUGGGUCACCUUAUCAAGGUUUGGUGAAAGCCCUGAAAGCCAUUCCAGAACCCGAAUAAACGAGGCUUGGCAAAUUGAAGAAGUUGACUUUAAUAUUAAAGGGUUGUCCAUGGAUUGUUUCCUACCCCCUAGUGAUUUGAAGAGAGGGGAAGAAAAAGGGGUAUCACAAUGUGGGGUGCCUUCAAGCAAUGCAAAAUUACCCUAUAAGAUUCGUUCUGCUUCUUUUAAGAUUAGUGCUACCAAAGUAGCUGCUGUUAACGUGGAUGAAUAUUCAAGCGCCAGUGAAAGUGACGAAGACGUGUAA